ACCAAAACCAUGUUUUCACCUGUAUUGAAAAGAUCGCUUGUCACUGCUGCAGCUGGAGCUGUUGCUCUUCAAUCUGUAUCUACUGUUCAUGCCGAAGAAAACACAACCACAACUCGCAAGAGCAAGCUUAGUAUCUACGAUGAACCUGAACCAAAGCGAAUUGUUAUUGAAUCACCUACCAAAUUGGAAGAACACGUUGCUUAUGCUCAAAAGUACGCCAAUGAUGCUUUGGAUGAAGGAAAGGCACAUGUUGAUACUUUUCACAAUCACGUCCAAUCUAUUGAAAACGAUAUUCGAGGCACCAUCAACGAAAUUAUUGCUAAAGAUGAAGAUAUUCUUCCUAAUGCUAUGUAUAUUGGUGUAGCAGCAUUGGCAGGAACUAUUAUUGCUCGCAACCGUAAUAUUGUACUUCGAUUCUUGACCUCUACAGCAUUGGCUACUGGUGCUUCCUUCUAUUUACUUCCCAAGACAACUCAUAACCUCGGCGUGCAACUCGAAAAAUUGGAACGUAAAUACCCUGAACUCGGCAAGGUUCAUACUUCCAUCAAUGAAGCCAUUGGUGAUGUACGCAAACAAGUGGAUGAUACUUUGCUUAGUUUACGUGGACAAUUGGAUCAAGGAAAAGAAUUAGUCAAGCAACAAGUCAAUGAAACAGAUUCUUUUGCUGCCACCAAAAAGAAGGUUGAAUCCAUGUAUUCUACUCGAUCUAGUCCUGCUGUGGAAGAAACUUUGAAGAAAGAUUAGAUAUAUUAUCCCAUUAUUAUUAUUAUUAUUAUUAUUUGAUCCCCCAUAUUAUUUUCCACACUUUUGUUUCCAUCAUAUAAAUUCUUUUUCACAUCCAU